GGCCCACCUAUCAUUCUUAUGUGCCGUGGAAAGAGAACAAUAAUGGCAUUCCAAGCUCCCUUUGCUUCAAUUUCAGUUCUUCACAUGGCAAAAUAUCUCUCAUUUCUUAAAUAACCCAAAAUACAAAGAUAUCUUCAGAAUGUGGUUGACCUACAAUAAAAACGAGUCUUUACAUUAUUUAGAAGGCAAAGAAAAGAAGCACUUUAUUCAGAUUUUCUGAUCCAUCACCCACAAUACUCUUAUUCACUCAGUAAGCUUCAGCAUCAGAAAGAGAUAUCGUGAUAUCCGAUUCGCCUCUCGGUAAAAGAAUGGCGAACCUGGGGUUGUUUUCUAAAAGCAAGACGUCGAAAGCCGUGAUUGUAUGCUUCAAAAUACCUUAUUAUACUCAAUGGGGCCAGCACCUAUUGGUGUGUGGCUCUGAGUCUGUACUCGGUGCAUGGAAUGUGAAAAAAGGCCUUUUAUUGAGGCCUUCUCACAAAGGGGAUGAGCUUAUAUGGUCUGGCAGUCUUUCCAUCCCAGUUGGGUUUAACAGUGAGUACAGUUACUAUGUGGUGGAUGACGAUAGAAACGUGCUGAGAUGGGAGGCUGGAAAUAAAAGAAAAUUGUUGCUGCCUAACGGUGUUCAGAACGGGCAGUUGGUGGAGCUUCACGAUCUUUGGCAGACUGGUUCGGAUGACCUACCAUUAAGAAGUGCAUUUAAAAACGUCAUAUUUCGGAAAAGCUGGGAACCAGAAGUUGAAAGGCCCCAUGAGUUGGCUCAUAAUAUACUGGAUGAUGAAGGUAAUUUGCUUUCCGUUAAAAUUCAGUCUUCGUACUAUUCCGAAUUUGCUGCCCCAAUGUUGAACAAGGCACAUCAAUACUGCAAGUAUAGCAAAGCCAAGGCACUUGCUAUGGAGACUGGUGGUAAUAGGGAACUCUCAAUCGACUUCUCAGCUAGUCAACCUAAAUACAUUGUCCUUUCGGAUGGAUUAAUGCGGGAAAUGCCUUGGAGGGGUGCUGGUGUAGCAAUCCCAAUGUUUUCGGUAAGAUCGGAUGCUGACAUGGGAGUUGGGGAGUUUCUCGAUUUGAAGUUGCUAGUGGAUUGGGCAGUUGAGUCGGGUUUCCAUUUGGUUCAGCUAUUGCCGAUCAAUGACACAUCUGUACACGGGAUGUGGUGGGAUUCAUAUCCUUACAGCUCUCUCUCAGUAUUUGCAUUGCAUCCAUUAUACCUCAGAGUGCAAGCCCUUUCGAAAAAUAUUUCAGAGGAUGUCAUGCAAGAGAUACAGAAGAUGAAGAAACAGCUGGACAAGAAGGAUGUUGAUUAUGAGGCUACCAUGGCUGCAAAACUCUUGAUCGCGAAGAAGAUUUAUUCUCAGGAGAAGAAGAUUGUAUUUUGUUCGGUUGCGUACCAGAACUUCUUCUCCGAGAAUCAGGAUUGGUUGAAACCGUACGCCGCCUUCUGUUUCCUGAGGGAUUUUUUCGAAACAUCUGACCACAGUCAAUGGGGCCGUUUUUCUCUUUUUUCAAAGGAAAAGCUCGAAAAACUAGUUUCUGAAGAAAGCUUGCACUAUGAUAUUAUCCGCUUUCAUUAUUACAUUCAAUUCCAUUUGCAUACCCAAUUAUCGGAAGCUGCUGAGUAUGCAAGAACAAAAGGAGUCGUUCUAAAAGGCGAUCUUCCAAUAGGAGUGGACCGUAAUAGUGUGGAUACUUGGGUGUACCCGAACCUGUUCCGGAUGAACACCUCAACUGGGGCACCUCCCGAUUAUUUCGAUAAAAACGGACAGAAUUGGGGCUUCCCAACUUAUAACUGGGAAGAAAUGUCCAAAGACAAUUAUGGCUGGUGGCGUGCUCGUUUGACACAGGAAGAACUUGAAAGGGAAGGACUAUGGGAUUUCAAUCGCUUGAGCAGACCAUACAUUACACAGAAACUGUUGCAUGAUAAGUUUGGCUCUACAUGGACCAUAAUUGCUUCUAACUUCUUGGAUGAAAGUCAGAAAGGCCAUUAUGAGUUCAAGGAAGACUGCAAUACCGAAAAGAAAAUAGCAUCCAAGCUGAAGUCAUGCCUAGAAAAGUCUAUCUUGCUUGUUGAGAGUGAAGAAAAAAAUGUAGUUCUUAUUAGAGAUCCAGAAGAUUCUAGAAAGUUCUACCCCCGUUUCAACAUAGAGGACACAUCGAGUUUUGGUGAUUUGGAUGUGCACAACAAAAAUGUUCUGAAAAGACUAUACUACGAUUACUACUUUCAGCGGCAAGAAACAUUGUGGCGUCAAAAUGCUUUAAAGACAUUGCCUGUACUUUUGAACUCGUCCGAUAUGCUGGCUUGUGGAGAAGAUCUUGGAAUGAUUCCUUCUUGCGUUCACCCUGUCAUGCAAGAACUGGGUUUGAUUGGUUUACGCAUACAGCGUAUGCCCAAUGAACCUGAUCUCGAAUUCGGUAUUCCUUCACAGUACAGUUAUAUGACUGUAUGUGCUCCUUCGUGUCACGACUGCUCGACUCUUCGUGCUUGGUGGGAAGAAGAUGAAGAGAGAAGGCGCCGAUUUUUCCAAACCGUUGUGGGGUCUGAUCUGCUGCCGCCGGAUCACUGCACUCCUGAAAUCGCACAUUUUGUUUUGCGCCAGCACGAUUUGCUGGCACUCAAAGAAGAAUACACGAACCGCCCAGCAAUGGAGGAGACGAUUAACGACCCCACAAAUCCUAAACACUAUUGGCGAUUCCGUACGUCGAUAUNUUCAGGAGUGCAUGUAACGAUAGAGUCUUUGCUGAAGGAUAAGGAACUCGUGUCAAUUAUCAAAGGUCUCGUGCAUGGAAGUGGAAGAUCGAGCCCUUCUACAGGAGAAGACGAUUUUUCGACAGAAAAAUCAAGCACGGGUGAUUUGACUAAGCUACAAGAAGCUGCAAAUGUGAUUCCUGAGAAAGUAGCAAUCACAGUACCAUAAGAGCAUACUGACCUUUUUGACAUUGUUGAUACUUUCAAUUAUUAUUAUUUUUUCAAUCUUCUUUUGCUCUUUUUGUUAUUUUUGGAUCCAAUAAAUUAACAGAUGUGUUCUCUUUAUGGGAAAUAAGCAAGUAUACUCUGCGUCCUGUGGAAUUCUGGUUAUUAUUUGUGUACUUAUAUAAAUGAGUAUACUUUAGGUUACAUCUUCGAAAUGAACAUCCG